AUGGAGGCCGCUGUUGCGGCCUUGGACAAGAAACAGGCCGAAGACAAGGCCAAGGCCGAUGGUGAGGGCUCGGAUGAUGGGGACUCGGUCUCAGCGGAGCCGGACGUUGGUGUCAAGGUUGACUUCGAGAAGCUCAAUAAGGAAGCCGACGCAUCCGAUGACGACAAUGGAUGGCAAGACCCUACUGACUACGAUUACGAGGCCUAUAAGGAAGGUCGUGCUGCCCUUCUCAACCCCCUCGAGUCCGAGCAAUCGGAGCGAGCCGAGCGUCGGUGGGCGUCCAGCGCCGUUCGCUACGAGUGGAGCGAUGAGUUCGGAGACGUUGGCCCAGCCGAUCCAGAAGUCGAGAAAGCGCUUUUCGAUAAGCUGUUCAUGUUGGGGACCGGAAUGAAUUUCGACCAGUAUUCCUACGAAUGCGAAAUCAAGGGUCCGUAUAAUCCGGGCCAUAUCUCGACUUGGGAAGAUUCUGGUAUUCACCCUCAAGUCCUUGAGAAUGUUGCGCUUUGCAAGUUCAAUAAACCCACGCCUGUGCAAUCAUUCGUUAUCCCCGCUGCACUUGCGGGACUCGACGUCGUGGCAAUCUCGCAGACUGGCACUGGCAAGACGGGUGCAUACCUCCUCCCUAUCAUUUCGCGCUUGAUGGGGAAGGCGAAACAGCUCUGUGCGAGGCGAGCUCCCAGUCCAGAGAUCAGAGUCAAAGCAGAGCCUCUCGUUCUUGUGAUCUGCCCGACCCGUGAGCUUGCGAUUCAAGUCUUCAGGGAUGCCUGUCGCUUCGCCUAUCGCUCCAUGCUUCGUCCCUGCGUCGUUUAUGGCGGCCAGGGCAAUAUGAUGGAUCAGAUUCGGAACCUUCAGAUGGGAUGUGACAUCCUCAUCGGCACUCCUGGUCGUCUUCGGGACUUUUGCUCCCGCCCUACUCUGAUCACUUUGCGCCGUGUGAAAUACACUGUCGUUGAUGAAGCCGAUGAACUUCUGGAAGAAGACUGGAACGAGUCCAUCGAUGACCUCAUGCGUGGCGGCGAUGUCAACGAAGAUGCCGAUCACGCUUACCUCAUGUUCUCGGCAACAUUCCCGCGCCCUGUCCGUCAUCUUGCCGGCAAAUACAUGUCGAAGGAUUUCGUUCGUGUCAAGUGUGGUCGGAUUGGUAGCGCCACCAAUAACGUCUGCCAGCGAAUCAUCUGGGUGGAUAGGGAGAAGAAGGAGCAGUGCCUUCUCGACCUGCUCAACACGCUGCCGGCGACGCGCACCGUGAUAUUCGUCCGCUCGAAGCGUUCGGCUGACAUGUUAGACGACUUCUUGUACCGCAACCAACUCCCUUGCACGUCUAUUCACGGCAACAAGACCCAGGCUGAGCGUGAAGAUGCGAUGUUCAACUUCCGGAAGGCUCGUUGUCCCAUUCUUGUUGCAACCGGCAUUUCCGCUCGUGGCAUCGAUGUCGUCAACGUGAUGCAUGUCAUCAACUACGACCUUCCUGCCGCGGACCAAGGUGGUAUCAAGGAGUAUGUUCAUCGCAUCGGCCGCACCGCGCGCAUGGGCAACAUCGGCAUGGCCACAAGCUUCUACAACGACAAUGACGAGGGCCUCGCAAACGAUCUUGUCAAAAUCCUGAUGGAGAAUGGCCAGACGGUCCCGGAAUUCCUCGAACAGUACAAGCCUGAAGACGGCAAUGUCAACUUUGACUCCGACGAAGAAGGCUCGGUAGAUUCCUACAAGGACUUCCAUGCGCGCAGCAGCGACAGCGAAUCCGGCGAUGAUUCCGACGCGUCGAUGGCUGGAUCCGCUAGCGAUGGCUCUCGUGCUGGCUCUCCCCCCCCCGCUCCAUUCGAGCCGGAGGAGGAGCCUGCUGGGUUCGUACCUGCUGGUGGAGACGACGACUGGUAA